GGUCACGGGGCUGGAGCUGCUGUCAGCCUCACCUGCGCCUCACCUGCGCCUCACCUGCGCCUGCACCUGCGCCUGCACCUGAGCCUUUCAGGAGGGCGGAAUACGACCCUUAGGCUGACGUUGCUUGGCUCGUCAUGGCUUACCCGGGAUACGGAGGAGGGUUUGGAAAUUUUGGUGGCCAGAUGCCAAUGCCAGGGACAGACCCAUACAUGUUACCUGGGGUAUAUUCUGGGUCCCCGGCAUAUUCAGACAGCUAUUCUUCAGCUGGGGACCCCAUGUGGAAUUACUUCACUGCUGUUGCUGGACAGGAUGGCGAAGUGGAUGCUGAAGAACUUCAGAGAUGUUUGACACAAUCUGGAAUUAGUGGAACUUACUCCCCCUUCAGUUUGGAAACAUGCAGAAUUAUGAUUGCCAUGUUGGAUAGAGAUUACACCGGAAAAAUGGGAUUUAAUGAAUUCAAGGAACUUUGGGCGGCUCUUAACGCAUGGAAGGAGAACUUCAUGACCAUUGAUCAAGACCGAAGUGGCACAGUGGAACAUCAUGAGUUGACUCAAUCCAUUGCCAUUAUGGGUUAUAGGUUGAGUCCUCAAACAAUAAAUACUAUUGUUAAACGCUACAGCAAGAAUGGCAGGAUUUUCUUUGAUGAUUAUGUUGCUUGUUGUGUGAAGCUCCGAGCCUUGACAGAAUUUUUUAGGAGAAGAGAUCAUCUACAGCAAGGGUUUGUGAAUUUCAUGUAUGAUGAUUUUUUGCAGGGUACUAUGGCAAUAUGAAUGGCUAAAAUCAAAAGUUGAAGAAACACUGUGAAUUCUUUUGCUUUGAAGAAAUUAACUGAAUUGCUUUGAAUUAGAGCUUUGAGGAUUUUGCUUGUUCCUGUUGUUAACUAUCUUCCCAUAUUAUUUGUUUUUACUUUAGCUCAGAAUUCAAAACAGUAAGAGAUUUUUUAAAAAUUUGGGAUAUUGUUGUUUUUGGAAAUAUAACACUUUGCAAAUACCUGUGUACUGUUAUAAAAUAUUAAUAUGUGCUCAAUCAAUAUAAAUAUUUCUUAGCCUUCAUUAUUACUAACGAAAGCCUAUAAAAUCUAUUUAUAUGCUAUAUUAUUAAAACUGCCAAAUAAUAAAUGCCUAGGGAAGACUUUACUUAUACUUAUCUGAAAGUUAUAAAUUAUACUUUGAAUUUUGUUUGAAGUCAUUAGUAUUUGAGGUUCAACUUGAAAGUCAAGCCUGGAUUUUGUAUCAUCAUUGCCAUGGACUUUGUUCCUUGGUGACUUAGUCAGGUGAUAGAAUCUUAUGUGUAUUUGCUUUGGGAAAGAAAAUUACAGUUCCUAAAAGUCUCCUACUUUAUAGUGAAAUAAGACAGCAGAGGCAUUGUUUCUCCUUUUUAUUUUUUGAGGUUUGUGUAUUAUAAUGCAUUUUAUUUUCUGUGAAAGCAAAACUUGAACAUGUUUUUUUUCUCUGCAGUCUGCUUCAGUAGUGAAGAUGUUGAUAAAAAAUGACAUUUUUCCUUAUUUUAGAUUUUUUAAAUUAAAUUUAUUGAUGAAGUGUCAA